UUGUGUAAUUUGGUGAAGAGUGAAUGUAUAAAAAAACAAAACAGUAACAUCUAUACAUCCAAAAUCUACGGAAUACAAAAGCUAUAUAACAAAAUUAUUAUAUUUUUUUUGCUCACCAAUGUGUGGAUAUUAACGGCAAUGAACUUUAGAUAUACACUUACGAUUAUACUUCCACUUACAAUAGCUUAUGUAAUUUAAUCGUUUAUUAGUAUUCAAUUUAGUGUUAAGUAAUGCACAAUAACACUUCACAGUCUCCGCCUCUAAUUAAAUUGUUACCCGCCUCCAAUGUAUUACCAUCAACCAAUACGAGCGCGAAAUCCGAAAACAAUAUCGGAAACACAAGAGAAACGUCAAAUGAAAAUCCAAACACACCUCUUGUAAAGCCACCUUAUUCGUAUAUUGCCCUCAUCACAAUGGCAAUUCUACAAUCGCCGCACAAGAAACUAACUCUCAGUGGGAUAUGCGACUUUAUUAUGACAAGAUUUGCGUAUUAUAAAGAAAAAUUUCCCGCCUGGCAAAACUCAAUUCGUCACAACUUAAGUUUAAACGAUUGUUUUAUAAAAGUACCACGAGAACCUGGAAAUCCCGGAAAGGGAAAUUUUUGGACAUUAGAUCCACUAGCUGAGGACAUGUUUGAUAAUGGCAGUUUUUUGCGUAGAAGAAAGCGAUAUAAGAGAGCUCCAGCAAUGCAAAGAUUUUCGUUUCCAACAGUUUUUGGAUCACUCUCUCCAUUUUGGAUUCGAAAACCAGUGCCGCUUGUUCCAGUCCAUUUCAACGUACCAAAUUUUACUAAUAAUAGAGAUUGUUUCGACAUGGUCAAUUCCACAAAUGAUACAAUGCACCACGCAAUAAUAGCAGAUAAAAAAUUCAAUUUUUUUGCAAAUUCUGAGAUCUCACAAUAUCGAAAUAAUGAUAAAUUUGAUAUUUUUCAAAAUAACUCUUUCGCAAGACGAGCUAGUGAUUUGACCAGCGCUGUAAGAUCAAAUGAUAAGUGCCGAAAAUUAAGCAGCAUGGAAACUAACCAAAACCACUAUAUGAAUAGAAAAGAGGAACCGAAUGAAUUUCUCCAAUAUGAAAGUGUAUUUGCAGAUGAAAACAAUGAAUCUUGUGACAGAAUUGAUGUCGAAUGCUCUCAAGAACAUGACUCACAUCUUUCCGAUUCGGUUGAAAGUGUUGCGAAAACUACUAAUAAUUUAGAACUCAUAACUAAAGUCAAUAACAUUACCAAAAAGGAGAAAAACACAUCUUUAAACCACAAACGAACUUCGCCCUACUAUUUACUAUUUGACAAUGCUGAGGUUUCUUGUAGCUCCAUAUUGAUAUCCUCAACUCCUAGUGAAAACCAUAGCCAAUGCAGAAGAAGCGUAGAUAGCGAUAUGUACAAUGAGACAAAUGUAAGCUGUACCAUCAUUCAAUCCAGCAAACACAAUAAUGCAAAAGAUUUCCGAAUAGAAACUCUUAUAGGAACAGCUGGUGAACCAAACGAUUAGUAAAAAAAUGAGUUUAAUGCAGCAGAAAUUAGAACUUUCGAGAUUAAAGAAAAAAUAAAAUUGAUUUUUUUAUAUUAUGUUAUUUUGAUCACGCUGAUAUUUUCAGAUGUCCUAAUUUGUAAAUAAGUAUUUUCAUAUGAACCGAAAUAAAUGAAAAUAUUACAGCUAAAUUAUUGUUUUCUGUUG